CCGGGCACCCCUAAGCUAUUUAAAUACCGUGAACCUCCCCAUGUGCUCCAUUGCUGCAGAAAAGCUGCAUCCAGCCAGGGGAGAAGAGGCCAGCCGAAGACAUUCCAACUCGCUUCUCAGUGUUGAUUCCACAUCACUUUCACUAAACCUUCAAGAUGACUACCAAGGAGAAGCUGAUCACCCAUGUGUUGGCUGGUGAGCCUGUUGGCUCCCGGAGCAAGGUGACAGUUGUUGGCGUUGGCAUGGUUGGCAUGGCCUCCGCAGUCAGCGUCCUACUCAAGGACCUGUGCGAUGAGCUGUGCCUGAUUGACGUGAUGGAAGAUAAACUAAAGGGUGAGGUCAUGGACCUGCAGCAUGGCAGCCUCUUCUGCAAGACUCACAAGAUCGUGGGCGACAAGGACUACAGUACGACUGCCCACUCCAAGGUGGUGGUGGUCACAGCCGGUGCUCGUCAGCAAGAGGGUGAGAGCCGACUGAACCUGGUGCAGCGCAACGUCAACAUCUUCAAAUUCAUAAUUCCCCAGAUCGUCAAGUACAGCCCCAACGCCAUCCUGCUGGUUGUCUCCAAUCCUGUUGACAUCCUAACCUACGUGGCUUGGAAGCUGAGUGGUUUCCCCCGUCACCGCGUCAUCGGUUCCGGCACCAACUUGGACUCUGGUCGUUUCCGCCACCUGAUGGGCGAGAAGCUACACCUUCACCCAUCCAGCUGUCAUGGCUGGAUCAUUGGAGAGCAUGGAGACUCCAGCGUGCCCGUAUGGAGUGGUGUGAAUGUUGCCGGUGUUUCCCUGAAGGGCCUGAACCCAGACAUGGGCACAGACGCAGACAAGGAGGACUGGAAGCACGUCCACAAGAUGGUGGUCAAUGGUGCCUAUGAGGUCAUCAAGCUGAAGGGUUACACCUCCUGGGCUAUCGGCCUGUCCGUCGCUGACCUGGUUGAGAGCAUCCUGAAGAAUCUCCAUAAAGUCCACCCUGUAUCCACCCUGGUCAAGGGGAUGCACGGUGUGAAGGAUGAGGUGUUUCUCAGCGUGCCCUGCGUGCUGGGAAACAGCGGUCUGACCGACAUCAUCCACAUGACUCUGAAGCCCGAGGAGGAGAAGCAGCUGAGAAACAGCGCCGAGACCCUAUGGGGCGUACAGAAAGAGCUCACCUUGUAAAGAGUCCUGUGUGCCCUUCUUUAACAUCCCCAACCCCCAAUCCCACCUUCUGUAUACCCGUCCUUGUUCUCCCCUAAAGUCUUACUAUUGAUGGUACAAAUGAAGCCUUUUAGGCAGGAUCAAUUAUGUACAGUAGCUUAGUUGAAAAGCCAAUCGAAGCUCGUUUUGGCCUCCAAUAAAAAUGAUUUGUUUGCACGGGA